AUGUAUAUCAUGAAACAAUAUCUUAAGUCAAUCUUAUUUAUUAAAAUUUCUGUGUUUGUUCUUGUAACUUGGAUAUCCCAUCUUAACGAUGAUAACGUGAUGUUUAACAAACCUCUAGAUAACAUAUACAAAUUUUAUGGAAAAAUAUAUACAAGAAAUUAUCGAUUACUAGCAAAUUAUAAAAAAAAUAAAGACUCAAUUAUUACGGGGUUAAAGGAGGAGAUAUUAAAUAAUGGAGUUCAUGAAAGUAAAGAUCUAACUUAUAAGGAAAAGGAGAAGACAGGACAAAAGAAAUUAUCAUGUAAAUAUUCAUCCAGGAAUGGAGGUGUAGAUGUAAAAGCUAUGGGAAAUAAAUAUUGUACAUUUGAAACAAAAAAAUAUUCCAAUAUGGAAAAAAAAAUAUUCAAAGAACUUGAUUAUGUAAAUUUUCUUCAAAACAACAGAACAAUUAGCGACAAGACUUACAAAAAAAUAAUCCAUAAAAAAUAUGGUUUAAAACUAGCUAUACCUGUAUUAUUGUUCUUGUUUUUCUUGAUAGUAUCCAUAGUAGAUUUCUCACUAGGUUUUUCUACAACUAACGUUACAUGGGAUGGAAGUUUUUUAGGACUAUGGCCUCAUUUAAAAGAGUUGACUAAUAAUGAGGAUGGAUGGUUAUCGACUGCAUUAAAAUGGUUGAAAGGAAAUACAUCAGGAUUAUGGAAGCACUAUGUUGUUGGGACACAGAAUAAUGUAUGUGAUUUGUGUAAAAAUGCAGCUGAUAAUCUGGAUAUAAAAUGCAUAUUAGGACAAUUACUUGGAUACAUAUUAUAUUUCGUACCAUUCAUUAUAUUAGGUGUCACAUUUAUAUCAUGGAUUAUUUAUUACCAUAAAAAAGUUAAAAAAUAUCAAAAAAUUAAAUUAAGGAAAAGAUAA